GUCAGUACCGUGGCGCGGCUGAGAUUCCCAUCUCCGUCCCCUGACAACACUUUCCUCCCCACUUUGCCACCAACGGCGAACCCGCCAAUCUCCCCCGCCUCAUCCGGGCCAUUGGAGACCGGGGUUUCGCUUCGCUCGUAAAUCCCAAUCUAGUCCACUUCUCGGCAAUCCAGUCCAGCACCUCACGGUCAGCCUCUCCGAUCCCAUCCGAUGCCCCGACCUCGAUCCCGCGGGCGGGGCAAAACCAGAUCCGGCUUUCAAAGGAUGGAUCCCGAAGAGGGCAUCAUACCACCGGCUCCGGAACAGGCGGCGCGUGAUCCGACGGAAGAAGAGAGUACGGCGCCGGUGGACGAAGAGAGGGCAGACACUGCCGCGCUAACGGGAGAAGACGAAGGGGCGAGUGAGAAUGAGGCGGAACGGACACGCGAAGAGCUCGAGCGGACGGUCACGGAGCUCAGCAUCCAGAAUGAGUACCUCAAGUCCCAGAUCGCCGGCGCUCAACAGCUGGCGAAUAGCGCCGAGGUGGAAAUAGGCAGUGGUAGGGACGACGACGAUGACUCCGAACUCGUUAGGAGCUUGAAGGAGCAGGUCGAAAGGCUUAGCAAGGAGGUUCAAGAGCAAAAGCAGACGCAGAAGGUCGCGGAGGCGGCUCUCGAGCAUGUGAAUACGUCCUACGCCGAGGCGGACGUCAAGGCUCAGGAGCUCACGGCGAAGCUCAACGAAGCUCAACUGAAGAUUGAAAAAGAACUAAAGGAACGAGAUGACAAAUAUGUUGAGUUGGAUACUAAGUUCCAGAGGCUUCACAAGCGUGCGAAAAACCGUAUACAAGAUAUACAGAAGGAAAAAGAUGAUCUGGAAGCUCGGUUUAAUGAAAUUAAUCAGAAGGCUAUGGAAACUGCUUCUCUACAGCUAGCGGCACAACAGGAACUGGAACGUGUUCGUCACCAGGCUAGCGAGGCUUUACGGGCAAUGGAUGCUGAAAGACAGCAACUGCGGGCUGUGAACAACAAGUUAAGAUGUAAUUUUGAUGAGACACGGCUUGCUUUGGAGGCCAGGAAUAGUGCCCUUGAGAAAUUGCAACUGUCAAUGCUUGAAAAAGAGCAGAUGCUAGAACAAAUCCAAAGAUCAAUGCAUUCUGCAGAAGAUAAGAGGCUUGCAUCAGUUUCAGAGCUUUCUGCUAAGCAUCACAAGCAAUUAGAGAGCUUGGAGGCACAGCUAGCUGAGGUUUCUGCAGAGAGGACAAAGGCAUCCGAAACGAUUCAAUCACUGCAGAUGGUACUCGCGGAGAAAGAUUCAGAAAUAACUGGAAUUGAAGCAGUAUCAACCGGUGAAGCUGCCCGGCUUAACGCUACCUUGGAGGAGAUUAAAGGCGAGCUUGCUCAUUUAAAGGAUCAACAUGAAAAAGAAAGACAAAGCUGGGAAGCCGAAUGCGAAUCCCUUCGAGAAAAAUUGGAAGCAUCGGAAGGUGCACACUUUAGAUCUGAGAUAGAAUCUACCAAAUUUAGAAAUCAACUGGAAUCAGAGUUAUCAACGCAAAAUCAGUUGCUUCAAAAUAAAGAUUCUGAUGUAAUUUCUGCGAAGGAGGAGAUCGGUCGACUAGAAAGCGAGUUUUCCGCGUACAAGAUCCGUGCACAUGCACUUUUGCAAAGGAAGGAUGCUGAGUUGAGCGCAGCUCAAAAUUCAGAUGUUCUUAAAGCACACGAAGAAGAAAUAAGAGAAGCUGAAAAGGAGGUGGCAGCUGCCUUAGAAGAACGAGAUGAAGCGAUCCAGGACCUUCAAGCUGCUCAAUGCAGGCACAGUGAAGAGAUCGAGGCAAGGGAUUUGGGUCUUGCGGAGGUGGACAAGAAACUGAAGAAUGUCAUGAAAAAAUUAGAUUAUGUUACUUCUCAAUUUCUGUCAGAAAAAGAAUCAUGGCAGAAAAAAUUGGCAAGUGUAGAGGAAAGCUGGAGAUUAAAAUGUGAGUCUAUGAAGGGUCAAAGCAAUGGCCAUUUUGAAGACCACCUUCAGAAGAACCUAGGGGAAUGGACACUGAAAUAUGAAAAAUUGAAGGAAGAGCAUGAAUCUUUUCGUGAUAUUUCUGAUAGAAUGAUUGAAGAGAAGGAACAGGAGAUAGCUAAACUUCUCAACGAAAACAAGGAUCUUCAUCAUUCUUUAGAGGCCAAAGCAGCAGUGAGCAACAGUGACAAUCAAAGUCCAGGAUACGUUAAACAGGAUGCACUAAGUAUUGAAUUGGCUGAGCAGCAAAUUCUGCUUCUUGCACGGCAACAAGCACAAAGGGAAGAAGAAUUGGGUCAGUCACAGAGGCAUAUCUUGGCGCUUCAAGUCAGUUUCAGCUUAGCAGACAUUUUCGGUUCUUCUGUUCUUUCCUUUUUGGAAGCAAUGUUGAAGGCCGAGCUUCGGAAUAUGGAGAGAUCACAAAAGCGAGAAGGAAUAGAUAUGACAUACCUAAAAAAUGUGAUCUUAAAGCUUCUUGAAACAGGGGAGGUGGGGGCCUUGCUACCUGUGGUUGCUAUGCUACUACAGUUCAGCCCCGACGAGCUCAAUAAAUGCCAACAUGGCGUCCUCUCAAAUGUCGCUUCGCCGCCAGCUACAGCAUUGUCAGAUGGUGGAUCGACACCAAACUCAUUCUUUGGAAGAUUCACAUUCUAGUAGCGGUGCAAGAUCUUGGUUUUGAUGAUCCUCCUUUUACAGAGGUAGAUUCACAUUCACGGGGUGAUCCAAAAUCCCAGCGGUCUUACUGAUUGUGAAAGGUGGCUCUUUUGUUUGCAUGCUUCUCAGCUCUUCUUACCUUUUGUAAAGUACUGUAUAUUAUAAAAAUAGAAAACCAUAAAUACAUAUAUUAUUUUUGAUUUCUCGCUCUGGGUAUUUAGAUUCAAAGACAACGAGACACUGGCUUGAUCCUUCCUCAGUUGGGGAAGCUCUCCGUCCUGGUGACCGUUCAUGUUUUUUUGUAGAAAAUGUCGUACACCUAUGAGCAUUAUAGAAUCAUGCUAAUUUGAAAUUUUUGGAUUUAGUGA